UGCACCCGUACAAUUCGUAACUGACGGGUCGCGUCAAGUCAGUCAAUCGAUGGUGCAGCUGCCGAGCGGAAAAAACGGGCGAAAAGAUUCGUAAAUUGGCACCAACGAGAGACAUAAACUUCACCGUAACACAUAAACCCGAAAGAGGAAUACAACCAGGCCAGGCCCUACACCAAGUGUAACUCAGGGCAGCCGCGAUGUCAGGGUCCUACGAUGACUCCAUGAUCGAUGUCUCCAGUGAUAGCUUCUGGGAGGUUGGUAACUACAAGCGGACGGUAAAACGAGUAGAUGAUGGACACCGACUCUGUAAUGAUCUGAUGAAUUGUAUUCAUGAGCGGGCUCGUAUUGAAAAGGCUUACGCACAGCAGCUCACAGAGUGGGGGAAGCGAUGGAGACAACUCAUAGAAAAAGGUCCUCAGUACGGUACAUUGGAGCGGGCGUGGUCAGCCCUGUGCACAGAGGCGGAGAAGGUGAGCGAGCUCCACAUGGAGGUGAAAUCGGCCCUGAUGGGAGAAGACUACGAGAAGCUGAAGAACUGGCAGAGAGAUGCCUACCACAAACAGAUGAUCGGCGGCUUCAAAGAGACGAAAGAGGCGGAUGACGGCUUCCGAAAGGCUCAGAAACCCUGGGCGAAAAAACUCAAAGAGGUGGAGACAAUGAAGAAGUCUUACCACUCUGCAUGCAAAGAGGAGAAGCUAGCAGCCAGCAGGGAGACUAACAGCAAACUGGAGAGCAACAACAACCCCGAAGCCCAAAAGAAGCUCCAGGAAAAGGUGGAGAAGUGUCAGCAGGAGGUGCAGAAGACUAAAGAACGCUAUGAGAAAUCCCUUGAAGAGCUCGACAAAGUGACCCCUCAGUACAUGGAGAACAUGGAGCAGGUGUUCGAGCAGUGGCAGCAGUUUGAAGACAAACGCAUCCGCUUCUUCAGUGAGCUGCUGCUGGAGGUGAAACAGCACCUCGAUCUAUCAACCAAUCACAGAUUCCAAACAGUGUACCACACGCUGGAAGACACAGUCUCUGCUACUGACGCUGAAGAUGACCUGAAAUGGUUCCGGUCCAAUCAAGGCCCAGGGAUGCCGAUGAACUGGCCUCAGUUUGAGGAUUGGUCCAUAGACCUGAACCGAACCCUCAGCAGACGAGAAAAGAAGAAACCAUCAGAGGGCGUCACUCUGACAGGCAUCAGUCAAACUGGGUCAGAUCAGCCUGUGCAGCCCGCCAAGACCAGCAGCAGCCUCACUGUGCCUAAAACAGCGCCAGUUGGCUCAAACCCCUUUGAAGAUGAUGAAGAGGAAGACGAUGAGGAGGAGGAGGAGGAGGAGGUGGCAGUGGAGCAGCAGACCACAGUCAACCACAUCAGUGUGAAUAAAGAGGAAAUAAAAACUGCGAGCAGUGUGGAGAAGACUCCUGACUGGUCAGAUGAAGACACAAGCGUAAACCCUUUCUCAACUAACGGCGAUGGGAAUCCAUUUGAAGAGGAGCCGGCUUCUCCGGUCGUAUCCGUACCGGUCAGAGCCCUCUAUGACUAUGAAGGACAAGAGCAGGACGAGCUGAGCUUCAAAGCAGGGGAUGAGUUCACCAAAAUUGGCGAGGAAGACGAUCAGGGUUGGUGCAAAGGUCGGCUCAAGGAGGGAAAAACCGGCCUCUAUCCUGCUAACUAUGUUGAAGACAUCCAGUAAUGAAUCAUCACGUAAAUUAAAAAAUGUGAAGGAAGAAGAAAGUAGUGUUUUGGGAAAUGACAGUGCGGCUGGAAACAUGAAAGCUCUGCCUCAUUUUUUUUUUAACCGUUUCCUCCCUGUUAGUAAAGACUGCACUGCUGUGGGAGAUGGACCGAGAGAUUAUGAAUGGACCACUCAAAAUCUUGUUGCUCGUCACAGAUCGACCCUCAUAGAAGCUUAGUACAAAAGAUGGAAAUAAACCACAAGUUUCCAGAUUCAGGGGGAGGAGGAGCUCAGAGAAAAAAAAAUGCUGUCAGUGUAAGAUAUGUCAUGUUAUUUAGAAAUCCCAUUUAUGCUGUUACAAAAAAGAAUACAAGCUUUUCAAGUAUAUAUUAGAUACGAUUCAAUAAGAUUUGUGUGAAUUUAUGUAUUGUUUAAAAAAAAACACUGGGAUGACAGUCUAAUUGUCUAGCGAUGUUACAUGCAGCCUUGAUAUGCAAGCCACUAUGGAUUCAUUAAGGGAGAGGACCUUCUUUAUAAUGACCUGCUCUGUGCCUGAUCAAAUCUAGUCCAGAAAUGUAAAUUCUUUCAUUUUAGUGGACAGAGUAGUCCCUUAUGUUGAGAUAAUUGUGCCAGAUUGAAAGUGAUUUUUUUUUAGUGCUUACAUAGUUUUGCCAUUCUUUUCAGGGUUUUGUUAAUACACUCAGUUCAUUCACUGUUCUGGUUAGAUUUUGGAAUAAUGGCGAUCAAAGGAGCCAUAUCCUGGCAUAGUCUACAAUAGUUCACUGGCAUUGAAUGUAUAAUCACUGAUUGUAUUUUCUCACUUCUUGAUUGUUCACUUUUGCUUAUGUUAGGGUUUUGUUUGUUUUGCAGCCACCGGCAUGGGCUACGUUUCAUGCAACACUGAAAAUCUCUCACACGUUUAUCGCACUUGAAUCGCCAUGUCUAAUCCUCUCACUUCUUUUUGAAAUGUCAAGGUAUGGGAGAGUAUAUUUUUAGUGUAUGUUAUAUGCAAUAAAACAACAGUUGAGUAUGGUGUCACAUACAUUCAUGUAAAUAGCCUCAAUGAGACGUACUAGAACAAAUUGAGGGUGAAAAUCUGAUCAUACGUAGUUGGAAGUUGAUUGUUAAUUUAUGAUGCCACAAGUGCUUUUGUUCUACUCUUGUUAGAAUGCUGUGACUGAAAAUCAAUUUGUAUAGUAAUUGAAUAUUUUAUGGCAAAUAUCCCUGAAAUCUGUUAUUUUGUUACAUUUGUAAAUAUGAUUUUUUUUUUCCUUUAUUGAGGAGCCUAAUUAAUUAGAUAAUAGCAUAUAAAUACUUCUGAAUUAUAUUCUUGGAGCUAUGACACAAAUGGAUACAGCUGAUGAAAUUACCUUAAUACAUGAUACAUUUUGAUCAUCAAGUAUUUAGACCGCUCGCAUGUUUUGUAGGAUAAACUGCUGGUUUUUGAUUUGUUCAAGCUCCGACUUCAUGAGCUUCCCCAGUGUAACGAUGAAAUCAUUGAAAAAAUGCUGUUUUAAUGCCUUCAACUGCAGCAGGAGAGGAGGAUAAGAUAUUUUUGCAUUUAUUAAUUGUGAGAAAGGAGAUGUCGUGCUCAUGUUUUCAGGGCAUGCUGUCGUUGACACGCAGCAACAGAUGUACUUGCACAGUAAGGUUUGUAAAUGUUGUCUCACAACAUAAUAAAUGAAUUUAUUGGAAAAACAAA